UUGAUGCCAGUCAAGCUGGAGAGGGUCAACUUGAGAUAUCAAUAAACGAAGGGGAAGUACCCAAUCACGUUCAGGUGGUUGGGGGAGGCAGAUGUUUAGUAUCAUUCACCCCCGACGUCGCCAAGCCUCAUCUAAUCGAUAUAAAAUUCAAUGGCGAAACAGUAAGGGGUUGCCCAUUUGUCUGUCCAGUGGCAGACACAAGCAGAGUGAAUCUGAGCCUGACUCACCUCGAACUGAUCCCCGUCAAUCAACCCAGUUCGUUUCAUAUUGCGGUUGUAGGGGGCGGCACCGCCGAAUUAGCGGUAGCCGUUCGAGGUCCUUCUGGGGAAUUACCGGUAAAAGUAACUGGAGAUAUUCACUCCGGAUUUACAGCUGAAUUCACCCCCGUUCUUGUGGGUGCUUAUCAGAUAACAGUAGAUUACAACGGUCGCCCGGUACAGGGCACCCCCUUUGUGGCAAAAGCAUUUGAUUGCACUAAAGUCUCAGUCGGCCAUGUCGCCCACGGAAUU